AUGGAGGGCCCUAAUGGCGAGCGUGUGCAUGGCACGGCGCUCUUUGACGGGGCGGCUGGAUCGGGAGUACUGGACAGCACGUGGUUUGCGGCGCGGAGACACAGGCUGGGCAACGUGUCCAAGCCACAGAAGUGGCUAAGGAUGGCAAACAGCACCACAAUAUCGACGUCUGCGCACUGGGAAGGAACCGUUGACGUUGGCGGUAUCAAAGUUCGAGCAGAGUUCGAAGUGAUCGACUCGGGAGGGGCCUGGACCAUCCUGCUCGGGAAACCCAUUCUGCGGGCGCUGCGGGCGGUUCAGGACUUUCGAAAGGACACUGUCACGGUGUCUGAUGGGGCGAGCAGAUCACUGCUGUUCAACGAAUCGAGUGCAUGUCGACCUACACGAGAUGCACCUAAAGGAGGGCACCGGGGAUUGGGGCGAGAAGCCUCUGUGGGGGAUGAGUUGUCUGCAACCUCCCCCCCAAGGCGAGUAGACCCCGUGCUAGACCCCCAACUUGUUGAUGCAGAGUCAACAGGAACACACGACAUGGACCCUGGAAACCGGCAAGGAGGGAUUAACCCGACGGAGAGCGCCACGCAGGGCAAGACACACCUGGCAACGGGCCGUGAAACCCCAGAGGGGGUAGAGUUGUGCGCAACCACCCCCGCUGACGUGCCUGCGGACGGAAUAGGCGCGAGCUAA